GGGGUGGCUUCCCGCACUGCCCCUUCCCCCCGCCAACACAAUGGAGGCCGCCCGCCGCGCCACGGCCGCGGUGGUGGUUCGCCCGCGCCGAUGCCGGAACGACAGCAGCCUCGUCUACUACCUCGCCGCCAUCCUGCUCGCGGCAGCGGCAGCGGCCACGGCGGCGGCCGCGCUCUCGGACGCCGAGGCGUCCCACAUCGCGCGGCGGCAGCUGCUGUCCCUGCGUGAGGGCGACGGCGACCUCCCCGACGACUUCGAGUUCGACAUCCACGUGGACGUCACCUUCGCCAACGAGCGCCUGCGCCGCGCGUACGUCGCGCUCCAGGCCUGGCGCCGCGCCAUAUACUCCGACCCCAAGAACUUCACCGGCGGCUGGGUCGGAGCCGACGUGUGCUCCUACUUCGGCGUCACGUGCGUCCCGGCCCUCGACGACGCCAAGACCACCGUCGUCGCGGGCGUCGACCUCAACGGCGGCGACAUCGCGGGCUACCUCCCCGCCGAGCUCGGCCUGCUCACCGAUAUCGCCUUCUUCCACAUCAACUCCAACCGCUUCUGCGGCAUCAUCCCCAAGAGCUUCAGCCGCCUCGCGCUCCUCCACGAGCUCGACGUCAGCAACAACCGCCUCGUCGGCGGCUUCCCCGACGUCGUGCUGCAGAUCCCCGUGCUCAAGUACCUCGACCUCCGGUUCAACGACUUCGACGGCACCCUGCCGCCGCACCUCUUCGACAAGGACCUCGACGCCAUCUUCGUCAACAGCAACCGCUUCGUCGGCUUCAUCCCGGACAACUUCGGCAACUCGACGGCCACCGUGGUGGUGCUCGCGAACAACGCCUUCGUAGGAUGCAUCCCUCGCAGCGUCGGCCGCAUGGCCGGCACGCUCGACCAGCUCAUGCUUCUCAACAACCGCCUCGACGGCUGCAUCCCGCCGGAGCUCGCCGAGCUCGUCAACUCCACGGUGGUGGACGUCAGCGGGAACGCGCUCGUUGGCACGCUGCCGGAGGGGCUCGUCAACAUGACCAGGUUGGAGCAGCUCGACGUGUCGCGGAACCAGCUCGCCGGCGCCGUGGAAGAGCGCGUCUGCAAGCUCCCGGCUCUCGCCAACUUCAGCUUCGCGCACAACUUCUUCAGCGUCGAGGCAGAGGCGUGCGUGCCGUCCAUGGACUCGCCGGUGGCGCUCGACGACAGCGGCAACUGCCUCCAUGGCGGGCGUCCAGAGCAGAAGUCGUCGCUUGAGUGCACGCCUGUGCUCGCGCACCCCGUCGAUUGCCGCACCAACGUCUGUUCCAAGGGGCCCGUGCCACCGUCGAAGAAGGUUCACACACCACCGGAUGUUAGUCCACAGCCGUUGCCACCGGCGCCAUCACCGGAGAAACAACCACCAAAGAAGUCCCCGCCACCACGACCAGUGAGCCCACCACCGCCGCCGGCACCUAUUAGUUCGCCACCUCCACGGGUGAAAUCUCCACCGCCACCGGCACCUGUUAGCUUGCAUCCCCCACCUAUCAAAUCCCCUCCACCACCGGUUCCGGUUAGCUCACCACCACCACCACCAGUAAAAUCACCCCCACCUCCAACACCGGUGAGUGCACCACCUCCACCAGUGAAAUCACCUCCGCCACCACCGGUGCCGGUGAAAUCACCUCCACCGCCAGUGAAAUCACCACCUCCUCCACCACCUGUAAGUUCGCCACCGCCACCUGUAAAUUCACCUCCCCCACCGGCUCCAUUAAGCUCACCACCGCCUCCAGUGAAAUCCCCUCCACCACCUGCUCCAGUCAGCUCACCACCACCACCUAUAAAAUCACCUCCUCCAAUGAGAUCACCACCGCCCCCGAUGAAAUCCCCUCCACCACCUGCUCCAGUUAGCUCACCACCACCACCACCAGUAAAAUCACCUCCUCCACCGGCUCUAGUGAGCUCACCACCACCUCCGGUGAAAUCUCCUCCACCACCUAAACAAUUACCGCCUCCACCGGCUCCUGUGAUUUCACCACCGCCUCCCAUGAAAUCCCCUCCACCACCGGCACCUAUUAGCUCACCACCACCACCACCUGUAAAAUCACCUCCUCCACCGGCUCCUGUGAUUUCACCACCACCUCCAGUGAAAACCCCUCCACCACCGGCACCAGUUAGCUCACCACCACCACCUGUAAGAUCACCUCCCCCGCCAGUUCCAGUGAGCUCACCACCUCCACCUGUAACAUCUCCACCUCCACCUCCACCAGUACCGGUCAUAUCACCUCCACCGCCAACUCCGGCAAGAUCUCCACCUCCACCAGUGAAGUCUCCACCACCACCACCUCCGGUAAGCUCUCCACCACCACCAGUGACCUCACCACCUCCACCAACACCUGUGAGCUCACCACCUCCUCCAGUAAAGUCCCCUCCUCCACCUGCACCGGUCAGCUCUCCACCACCACCUGCUAUAGUGAGCUCACCGCCUCCACCGGCACCAUCAUUAAGUCCACCACCGGCUCCUAUGGAAGUCAUCUUGCCACCAAUCAUGGCGCAGAAGUACGCGUCGCCGCCACCGCCUCAGUUCCAAGGAUACUAAGCGGUGAUCACAGCACGCUCUACUGACAAUGAGAGUAAUCGUGAUGAGGAGGCCAGGAGAAGCAGUGAUCAGUUGAUCGCACCAUGCAUGCUCUAGCGACGUGAAUUGAAAGCUCAGAUGAGUGCAUGGUACGUGCGUGCGUUUGUGUAUAAGAGCAUAGGUAACGUACGCAUGUACUAGCGCAUGCACAUGUAACAUGAUGAGUUGAUGACCGAGAAGAGAAAUGUGCAAAUGGAGAAGGAAUGAUUUUUGCCA